AUGGCGACCACGAUAAAGCCGUUGAGCCUUGACGAGCUCCCCAACGAGAUCCUGGUGCACCUACUCUCCGCCUUUGACACCGUCUCCCUGCUCAAAUACUGCACCGUCUCGCGACGCUUCCACCACAUCAUCCUGCGCAUCAUCCACUUCCGCCUCCUCCUGGCCGCCGCCGCACCAGAAUACAAAUUGAUCCUCGAAGCAUACCAUCCCACAAAGCGCUACACCGACCCCUACCUCUUCUGCGCCUAUCUUGGAACCGACGGCCUGAGUUCCAAGCACGAAGGCGAAGGCAGUCUUUAUCACGACUGCCAGACCGAGUCCGGCCGCUUCGCGAAAUUGGGAUCAUUAUACAGCCGCUUCCGGCCUGAGCGGCCAGGCGUGGAAGGCACGAUCCCCGUGCGGAGAGUCGCCGGCUUGACGCCCAACAGCGCCGGAGCAGGCAAUCCCACACAGCCGAUAUACGCUAAUGCUGGGGAUGGCGGAAAGAGCAAAAUCACGCAUACCAUCAAUCUCGAUGCGGACGAGCUGUUUGGGCAGUUCUGCUCUUAUGCCAGCCUAGUCCGUCUGGGACCCAGAAGGGGCGUGUUCUUGAGCACCGUCCCUCUGGUAGAGCCGAAACAGGGAUGGAUGAGGGUCUGGCGGUAUUGGCUGGUUGCCAGAGCCAGGGAGUUAGCUGCACACGGCGACGUAGAACAUCCGUCUGGGCUGUCCAGAACGUUCACCGACCUGAGACCCGACAUCGGCAGCGACAGAGGUGUUCUUUGGACGGACGAGAAACAUAAUGUUGGACUGAGGUUCGCCGUGAGAUGUACAGAGCCGCGGUUUUAUGAGGGCGAGGACGACUUGGAUGAUAUCCCACUGGCGUUUGAGGUCGAAGUCAGAGGUCAGUUCGCUUUCAAGAACGUGCUUCAAGCGUCCGUGACACUAAGAUAUAUUCCAGAACUCGUAGUCCGCACCACGCAUCUCAUGCUAGCGGUCGAAGCAUCAAUGCAGGGAAAGGGCAGCCCAUCAGGUAGGACACUCAUCUUUGGUAACUUUGCCGUGGCUGGUCAGGCCCAGAACGCGGCUGCCGCUGAGGCAGUCCAAUAA